AUGGCUCAAUUUUCGUUCUGUAGUCAAAUUGACACUUAUUAUCCGAAUGUCACUGUUUCAACAGCACUGUUUUUAUGCCAAAUUGCCGAUGGAUUGGGAUCAUUCAUUAACAUAAUACUAGAACAUCAAUCUCGUGUAGCCAUCGUCAGCUUUUCGAUAAACAUCAUACAUCUCAUAAUUCUUACUAGAAAAUCGUUGAGAUCUUCGUCCGUCAAUCUGAUCAUGGCAGCUGUUGCCUUUUUUGACAUCUGCACUUUAUUGAUCGAGAUAGAACAAAUUAUUCAAGAUCUUAUUAUUUAUUUCAACAAUUGCUACCAAGCAACUUCCUACGCUUGGAUACUUUUCAAUACUUCAGUGGAAUCAUUGAGAGAUUAUUCACGACGUUGUUCCACGUGGCUAUGCUUGUCAAUAGCUUUGUUAAGAUUACUUGUUAUUAGCAAUCCACUAGUCCCAAAAUAUAUAAAACUUACGAAACCUAUUGGUGCUUUGUACGUCAUCUCUGUAGUACUAUUGGGAAGCAUUCCUAUUUCUGUUUUCGAUUUUAUGAAGUUUAAAAUCAAUGGAAUAAUACGACCGUCCCAGUGUCAUCCAAAUGGAACUUUGGUGUACUUUAUUAAAUUCAGCGAUGCGUUUAUGGAAAACAAUCAAGCUCUUCUGAAAAUAGCCACUACAACCAAUGCAAUUGUGACAAAUAUAAUUCCAUGUUUUCUCUACCCAAUUUUCACAUUUUUCCUUGUGACCCAGCUUCUGCUAGUAAACAAGAAUAGGAGAAGCAUUUCGUCUUCAAAAAGCUCCGCUGAGUCACUAAGGACAACUCAUUUGGUUUUGGCAUUUACAGCAAUGUUCUUCGUUGCCGAGUUCCCGCUCGGCGUGAGCAGUUCUCUCGCAUACCUGUUUUUCGAUGUUCCUGGAAUUGUAAUCAUUCUAAGAUACUGCGAAAUGAUAUUUACGGUAAUUCUCUAUGCCAAUUUUUCAAGUCAUUUUAUCAUUUGCUCGCUCAUGUCCUCUCAGUACAGGAGUAACGCAAUGUCUUUGGCUACAUGUGGAUAUACAUCAAGGAAAAUCGAUUCAUCUGUUCAAAUUUCAACCCAAAACUCGCAAAAAUGGGCAACGGCGGCGAGAUCAUCAUGA